AUGAGUGUUGACUUCAUGCGGGUGCUGACCAGCAUGGGUAGCGAGAUUUCGCCAGCCAAAAGAAGAGGCCAUUUUGUUACGAUGAACCACGUAGGCUUUAUUGCCGGAAUGGCCAUUGGUCUAUGGGUUGGAUAUGGUAUGGCCUUCUGGAAAACAGAAGCUGGUGUGUAUUACGGCUGGAGAGUGACGAUUCUUCUCGAGAUCAUUCCGGCUCUGGUCUUUGGCUUGGGACUACCGUGGAUUCCUGAAACGCCCCGAUGGCUGGUCGAGAACGGCCAGAAAGACCGCGCCCGCUCAACCCUUCGCUGGCUUCGUGAAGGAGCUUACUCCGAGGACCACUUCGAGCAGGAAUUCGGCGCCAUUGUCAAAAACAUUGACGAAUAUCAUCAAUCAGGCAGGAACUGGCUCUCCUUGUUCAAGGAAAAGGCUCUGUUUUCUCGUCUUUGGCGAGCUACCUUGCUGCAGUUUAUGUCGCAGGCUUGUGGCGCCACGGCGAUCAAGUACUACCUGCCUUUGUUGCUUGAGAGCCUUGGUAUCUUCGUUCGUACUGCUCUAUUGAUUGGAGCUAUUGAGAUGACGGUCAAGAUUGGAUUUACCGUCUUGGAAAUGUUCAUCAUCGACAAAUUUGGGAGAAGAAACUGUCUCGUCUUCGGAUGCGUUGUUAUGGCCUUCUCAAUGCUAAUCAACGGCGCCGUGCCGCUUGCGUAUCACGACAAUGAAGCAGCAAAUAUUGUGUGCAUCGUCUUCAUCUUCAUCUACGCCAUCGGCUUCAGUCUUGGUUUUGGGCCGGCCGUUUGGGUGUACAACACUGAGAUAUUCCCAACGUCUGUCAGAGCUCGCGGUUUGAACUUUGCCUCCGUCGGCGGCUCUGUCGCUUCCAUGAUCGUUACUGUUGUUUGGCCUUAUGGUUUGGCUGCGAUUGGUAGCAACAUCUACUUCUUUUUCAUGAUUGUCAACAUUGUUUUCAUCCCACUCCUUUUCGCCUUCAUCCCGGAGACCAAGGGCCGUGAACUCGAAGACAUGGAUGCGCUAUUUGGCAGCGUGGGUCGCCAGCUGCCAAGUGAUGGUGAAGAUUCGUCACAGCAUUUGCUUCGAGAUGAUACACAGGAUGAAGACCCAGAAGAUACACCCCCUGCGUACACACGAGACGGUGAUCGCGAUCUUAGCCUCAUCCAGUAG